AUGACAACUGGAAAACCAGUAAGAAUGCCGGUAACAUUCCCAAAACCAGUAAAACUUCCAUCACAUUUAACAUUCAACGGAGAUCCAGACAAAUAUCCUGAAUGGAGAGCUAAAGUCAUAUCGCUAAUAACAGCAACAUGGGGAGAAGCAUCGUUCUUUGGAUACUUCACCGGCAAUGAAAACGAAGGAUAUACCUUUCGAGCGGUAACUUACGAUGACGGACUUUGGAACGUCGUCGCAAUGAAAAAGCAGAUCGCGCAAAUAAUGAUUAUGAUGGUAGAAGAAGCGUCAAAGUGGGUAUCAAUGUGGGUGCACAGCUUCGAUACAGAAUUCAACUGUUUCUUUUUACCGACACACGAAGGACCAACAACGGGUAUUCAUGGGUAUCCUAAUAGGGGAUACAAUAUCACCAGAAAAUGGAACAAUAAUAAAGGAGCACCAGGCAUGAAUAACACGGUAGUUCCUGUAUCAUUUAUAACCGAAUGCGACAAACAUUUUAUCAAAAUAAGUCUAACCGACUAUCAAAUCAGCAUCUAUCAGAUGAAAUGGGAACCGAGUGAACAAACCAUUGAAAGUUGGAAAUCUGAAUUGACCUUUCACAUGACGCAAGCAGGAAUGACAUGGGAAUUUCUUGCCGGCAAAAAAACGUUCAUGACAAAUCUGUUACCUCCAAAUGUACAAAGAUAUCUUCUCUUGCAGGGAGAAAUCGAUACUGAAGAAAAGUUUUGGGACGCGUUAAAACGAUGUGAACGAUUAUUCGGAACUAUGACUUUUCAAACUCAAAAUGACCGAAACAUAAAAGAACAACGACGACCUCGAACUAAUUUAAUUGCCACAAAUCUAUGUUUUAAGUGCGGAAAGGAAGGACAUUUUGCUCGAGAAUGCCCUAAAAAAAACAGCAUGCUCUAA